AUGUCGUCCAGCGGCGCUCCGCAAUUCCCACUCCUCAGCACGACGAGCACGACCCCUACUCACCUCUCCCGGGGCCAUCUACUGGCGACUCCGGCCCUCGCAGGCACUGUAGCCUCCAUCGCACUCACCACUACGGUUGCUGCAGCGCUGGUGGGCUUCUGGCUUCGCCGAAGACGACGUAUGCGUGCGCGCAAAGCGCUGCUUCCCGUCCAGGAGUACGGGGAGCCCGCCGAGAUGCCUGCGACGGAUCGUGCCCCUUCCGUGCGUGUCCUCCCGAAGCACCACAUGAGCGAUGGAGAUCCGGAGAGCCGCUCCAGCACACAAUCGCUUGUGUCUGGCAGCUCGCGGAGUGCGCAGGACGGCAGUGCGGCGACUCUCGAACAUCCACCUCCAGGCUCGACCCGGCCCCAGACUCCCGGGCCAGAUAUCCACGAGGAUUGCAAAGGCCGCCUGUUCACUGGGCAGGAGCUCCCCGGGCCUGCUCUAUCGAUUCAAGAGCCAGGUUCGACGGACCAUGUACGGGAACGUUCAGACGAUGCCGCCGACCGGUACGACGUGCCCCAGGCAGUGGAGUUGGCUACAUCUGGGGCUGAUCCGGAGAGGGCAGAGGCACCUGGCGAGCGGCUCCUCCAUCUUGCGCUGCCAUGGGUACUGGGACAACGCGUGCUCGCGUUCAUCGCGCGCGAGGAUGCGCGGUCUGUGGACAGCGGGGGGUCGGAGCCCCUGCCGGCGUAUGUGCCGCGCGAAUAG